AUGUUAAAGAUAUCCUCGCUCAAAACCUGUUUCGACGAGAUCGAGGAGACCAACAGCGACGAUGAGUGUAGGGCCUGGUUAAGUAGAGUUUUCGACGCCAAGGUUGAACUAGCAACAUUUGUUGCUGCUCGCCGGGGAAGAGGCAAAGCCACAGAGUAUGUUGGCUUCCUCAAGGGUUCCUUCAACUUUGGUUUCCGUUUCAGGUUCAGUGAUGAAGGGCCAGAUGCCAUCAUCCGUUUCCCAAAGCCAGGGCACACAGCUACUUUUUUGAGGGAUGAAAAGGUUGCGAACGAGGUCCAGGCCAUGAAAUACCUUGACCAAAACACCACGAUCCCUGUCCCCUUUGUUCACAGUUGGGGCCUCACUGCCGAGAGUCCCCACCAGUUUGGUCCGUUUAUCAUUAUGGAUUACGUCGAGGGUACGCUCUUGUCGACGAUCCUGAAGCAGCCGGCGGAAAGCAACCAAGGGGAUAUCAUCUUGGAUCCAAGCAUCGACAACUCAAUAUUGGACAAGAUUUACCGUCAAAUUGCCAGCUACCUUCUUCAGCUUUCUCACCUUACCUUUACCCGCAUUGGAGCCAUCUCAAAAGACAACAGCACGUGGUCUGUCAACAAAAGACCGCUGACUUACAAUAUGAAUGAGUUAGCAACUGUCGCGGGCUACCCAGAUGAUCUCUUCCCAACCUCAGCCUUUGAUUGUGCUAGCGACUACCUCAAAUCAGUCGCGCACGAGCAUGUAGCCCACCUUAGGACUCAGCGUAACCUCGCAGAUGACUCGGAAAUAGCUCGGGCUCGAUUCAUCGCCCGGCACCGGUUCGUCCAGCUUAUCCCAAGGUACUGCAUCGAUGACGAUGGGCCAUUUAUACCCUUUUGCGACGAUCUAAGGCCUUCCAAUAUGCUUGUUGAUCCAGAGACGUUUCAGAUCACAGCGGUCCUCGAUUUUGAGUUUACAAACGCCAUGCCGGCGCAGUUUACGUACGACCCGCCUUGGUGGCUCCUACUGUCCGGUCCAGAAGUAUGGCUUGAUCGUGGCUCGAUAGAAGAAUUCAGGAACCUGUAUGAGCCCAGGAUGAAGCAGUUCCUGCAGGCGUUGGAGCUGGUGGAAGAGACGUCGGUCCCCGGGGGGCAGAAGCUUACUGAACCACGUCUUUCCGCUCGGAUGCUCGAGUCUUGGAGGUCUGGUCGUUUUUGGUUCGAUUACGCGGCCAGAAAGAGUUUUGAGCUGGAUGCUAUCUAUUGGACCGCGCUGCAUGACGGUGAUACCGGUGCUGAGCUACUUGACGACGAAUCUCGCGCAGAGAUGGAACAAUUCAUAGAGAAGAAGAUGGAGCAGCUGAGGGUGUAUAAGGAGGAGGUUACUGCCCGCUUCUCUCAAGCAAGCGGAUGA